AAUCAUCUGAGAUCUGGAUUACGCAUAACAACUACAUGCCAGUGUAUUGAGGAGCUAGUAUCAAACGCCAUAGAUGCCAAAGCCACGUGCAUUGCUGUACGAGUAGACUUGGACACUUUUAAACUACAAGUUGUCGACAAUGGAAUUGGCAUUUCAGAGAGUGAUCUAUCACUCCUAGGACACAGAUAUGCAACGAGCAAGUGCAAAAGUUUGCAAGAUUUGUCAUCUGUCUCUACAUUUGGCUUCCGAGGUGAAUCGAUAGCCAGCAUCGCCAAUGUGAGCAAAAAGCUUCAGGUCGUCAGCCGUUACAUUGACACUGCCGACGUCUUCCAGAAGUGUUUUACUGGGGGUCAGUCGUCCUGCGUGGAGCUAUGCUCGUCCGGUAGACCAAGUCAUGGUACAACCGUCACCGUUGAGGGCCUGUUCCACGAGGCACCGGUGCGGAGACUCCGGAUUGUGCCCGCGUUAGCAUUCCCUCGCAUGCGUAAGCUGCUCGAAUGUAUAGCACUGAUGCACCCACACGUAUCCUUCUCCCUCCGCAAUGACGCAUCAGGGGAGGUGUGCAUGAAGACCAGGAAGAAUGCCUCUGUUCUCGGCGUUUUCACCGAGCUGUUUGACGAGGUGGCCGCAUCCCUGCUGCGCGAGGUCAACUACUGCUGUUGUCCGUUUGAACUCUACGGCCACGUAGGGAGAAACGGUCGGCCCCGUAAAGAUCAGCAGUGGUUGUACGUGAAUAAGAGGCCGGUGGAGAAAACGAGAGUGCAUAGUUUCAUUAACCGCUUCUGGCAGAAAACUGUGCAUGGCUCACGUUCGACAAUGCCUCCAGGUGGCGACACCUGCUGCAAAUCAUCACGUGAUAAUGCUGCUUAUCCUGUUUAUAUCCUCAACAUCAGCUGCCCUUUGGAUGAGGUAGAUGUGACGUCAGUAUCUGAAACCCACUCAGUUGAGUUUAAAAAUUGGGAAACUGUGCUGGAGUGCAUCAGGAAAGCAUUGAAGCAAGUCUGGCAAAAGGAAAACGUUGGUAGUGGUGACAUGCAGGAAUCAGAAGGGUUGCUCCAAGAGGUCUUGUUGCUUCAAUCAGAAACUGUGAAUAAUGAAAAUGAAUCAACCUCCAAGAGAGCUCUAAACAAGCACAGUUGUUUAGAUGAGAAAGAUGAUGAAUAUGUAAAUUCUCUACAGUCUUUACAAUCAAAGAUUGUCCACAGGCCCAUAAAGCGCUUAGCUAAAGUGAAUGAAGUUUUAGCUUCACCUCCAGCCAUGAAGAAGCGCUGCUUGUCAACACCAAAACUGUUUCACAAAUCUGGGGAUGCAGAACAUCAAGAGGAAGAGAAAAAAUACAGAGGAUGCUGUGAUACUCUGAAGUCUCAACGAAGCCAUUUGCGUCAGUCUCACAAACAGAUUUUGUCAGAAAUUGCCCUCGAUAUCUCGAAAGUUUUUCCCCGUUUAAAAAUCAGAGACAAAGACACAAGUCCAAAAAAAUGUCUUAGUAGAGGACUGAGUCGGCUUCGGGCACGCAAAUCUGCAGUGAACAUAAAUAGUGUAUCCAAUGAGGAGGAACUGCACAGGGGGAGGAUCUUUGCAGCAUAUCAGAUAAGCCACAGUAAGGGUUCUGGUAUUACGCCCACGUGUAAUAGAAAUAAUGUCAUUCAGGGUGAUGGUAGUUUUUCACAACUGCAUCCAGUUUCCACCGGGAUGAACCACAUAAGCUCACUGACCAAACUAAGAAGUUUGCGGCGGUCUGCUCAAGCCACGGACAGGAGCACACCUACACUACAUGUCCAAGGUAUUGUAUCUCCUUCUCACGGCGGAUCCCAUACCUUACCAUCAUGUAAACUAAACCACAAACUUAAAAAGCCGAUCUCCAUCUAUGACAAAUAUAACACUGUGUUGCUCAACAACAAAAGUAACAAAGGAAGUAAAGCUACCACGGUGCGAAAAAAUGUACCAGAGAAUGAAUGCAAUCAAAAUGGGUAUGAGCACCAGAAAACCAAACUGAUCAGCCCUAACAUAAAAACAUCAUCAGAUAUGGCAUGCAAAGAAAGUCCUGCACACGUUCAACAUGUUAAGCCUAAUGUUGUCCCUCUCAGGAAUGAAACCAGUCACUGCAGAUUGCGGUUUCAAGAAGACUCUACAUCAGAUGACAGGAUGUUAGGUUUUUACACUAGUUGCUGUGACUAUCCUGCUAGCACUGAUCCAUUACGAUUAGUGGAAGUUGAGCAUUUGGGCUGUAACUGUGAGAGUAGCAUUGAAAAAUCAUGGGAUUAUGGGGUUCCAGCAGAUGUUGACUUCAACAGCUUGACCCCAACACAGAACGAGCUAUCGUUAGCAAAUGCUAAGAUUGGAAUUAGUCGAUGUCCUUGUGACAAAGCAGAUUGCAAAGAAUUUGCUUUCGAUAAAAAGCUAAGCAUAUGCACUUUUGUACCCAAUGUAGAUAUUGCAGCAGAAUUGGGGCCCAUAGAUUGCUCAUCCAGCCUAAACAGUCACAUAGAUGUGUGCUCUGAAAGAACUGUCUCACCAGUUGGAAAAGCUGGUUCACUCAGUUAUGACACCAACCCUUUCUUUGGUGAUUGCACUGGUAGAUAUAACACACUGGCUGCGAAAUUGCAACCUAACGACGAUAAAGAGUGCACAUGGCUUGAUCUAAGAACGUUACGUUCUUACACUGACCAGUUAGGCGAUGAGAGUAACAUAGAACACAUAGGGGAAGGUGCUAAUGAGGCAUUAGCUGGGCAAUUCACUGACUCUGCCACACGUACUGCUGCUCUAUGUGAUAAGGAUUUAUUCAUGGACAUUACAAGUGACAUGGAGCGUAUUUGCUGGGAUUCCUUGACUCAUAGUUGUGUGCUUUCAGACCUGGACAGAAAUGAAGCAGUGCAUUGCUUGAAUGUCAAUAGUAGGGAAUCUAUAGAUAUGGAAAGAUGUGGCAAGAAAAGCCCUCUGUGUCUGUCUGUUAGUAAAUCAGAUUGCACCUUAGAUAUUCCAAACGUUAAUAUCAAUCUGGAAGGUAAAAGCUUCACUCCACUAAAAGUAUCACCGAACUCAUCUCUCCAGCCUGUGCUGUCAAAGCCUACUGUCAGUGAUUCUUCACUCCAUGUCAGUGCAUAUCCUAACAGGAACUCUUGUUCUUCUUUGAUGCCCCCUGUGUGCACACAGCUGAAACAUGUAGACAAUAAUGAACGACUAGGUGUUGAUAUGGAUUUGUAUGAGUCAUCGCAGAAGCCUGCCAAUAUGUUGGUGAGAGAACCGCCCUUGAUUGAUAUCGAUCUCAUUAGAAAGCUGUCAAGAGCUCAUCGCAAAACAGCUGGCACGAACGAUCAGCUAGAACAUGGCAAGAAACCAUCACCCACUGCCAAACAUGACAAGAACGAGAUGCCAGAAUACGUUAGGAGCAAUGUACACAGUAUAAAUAGUAGUGGGAAGCCCACUGAUGAUGGUAAGCCACCUCCCAGUGUUGCUGUCACCUCACCUGGUCAUAGUAGCAACCUGCAUGGUAGUGAUGAACAGCCAUCUAGUGGGAAUAAACAGCCAUAUAUCGGUGCUGGUUACGCAACUGCUUGUAAUAAGAUGUCACUUAGCAGUGGUGAUACGACCCCUGGUGAUGAUGCAGUGUCAUCUUGUGAAGAUAAGGGGUUGCCACCUGUUGGUGAUGAGAAGACAUCUGCUGGAGAUAACGUGUCACCACCUAGUGACCAGACAGCAGAUGGCUUGCCACCGAGACUUGGAGAUGAUGUUACAGCAAUUGCCAGCACAGGUGAUGUUCAACUGUUUGACCCAAUAAGAGGUGAGUAUAUCAAAGUAGAUGCCAAGUCGGGGAUGACACUAAGCACAGGGAAAACCCAGUUAGAAGAGAUGACGAUAGAUGCUUCAAGUGAUGCUAACUAUGAACAGAAUAGCAGUAGUGGCAUCGCUUUAAUGAAAAAUACAGGUAAAGCACACUUCUUUCUGUCACACGGUGCAACACCCUUUCUCCCAAUGAACGACAAAAAACAACCAUUGGAAGCCUUGUCACCGCAGUCUACCAAUGUAUUGGACAACCUCUGGAAAUCACAUGUGGACACACUCAGCUCAACGGACACUAUAAUGCAAGGUGGCAUGAACGCAGGGCUCAUAGAGGCGUGGGAAAAUCCGGUGUUGUAUAACUACCAGGCCACCAUACCAAGCAUGACAGAUGGACGUAUGCAGAAAGCAGCUCUGCGAAGGCUGCUGCUGAAUCAGGCAUACAACUUUACUAGGAGCAUGCUGCAUGAUGUGCAGGUUCUUGGUCAGGUGGAUGAAAAAUUUAUCGCCUGCCUGAUGAGAACAAAUGAAAGUGUCAUGUCGCCAACCGAUGACGGUGCUGCGGUUAGAAAUGAUGGUCACGUACUAGUUCUGUUUGAUCAGCAUGCCGUACAUGAACGAAUCCGUUUGGAGAAAUUUACUGCAGAUACCCACGUGGAUAUGAAAGCGAGACAAGUAAAGUCCUUCGUUCUACCCAUGCCUAUCCUGAUUGCUCUACAAAGCGCAGACAAAAAGAUCAUGAAAGAAUUUCAUGCUUCCUUUGUGAAACUAGGAAUCAACUUCUCCAUAGAGGGCACUGGCGUCAAAGUUACGGCUAUACCCCAGUUACUGAAAGAAGAAGCUCAGAUGUCCCAGGCAACUUGCAAAGUUAAUAAUGAAGCAGUAGAGGAGCUAGUGAAGGAGCAACUGCAAUGGUUGAGGGUAACACGCGGCACUAGGGGAACACUUCCACCUACAUUGACACGCAUUCUUGCAUCUAAAGCCUGCCAUGGAGCGAUUAGGUUCGGGGACGUGCUGUCGCGCGGGGAGUGCCGAGCGUUGGUGCGCCAGCUGCGAGACUGCGCGCUGCCGUUCCAGUGUGCGCACUGCCGCCCCGACGUAGUGCCGCUCUUCCACACCAGCCAGCUGGCCGCGCUGCAGGAGAAGCGUUCGACAAAACCACGACUGUACAUGCUGAAGCGAAGGAACCCUCUGCUAACCGCCAACUGGAGGCAGAUGUGAGUGCGCGAGCGCGCGUGUAUAGGCAGCGGUGCGUGGCCGGCGGCUGCGGACGAGCGUGCUUCAUCAACCACGUGUGAG